GUACUGGAAAGGAAAUUGCUCUUCAUAUCCCGUGAAAAGACAAGUUCGUUGGCUCUGUUUAUAUCCUUUUAGCAACAAUCACAGUUUUUCUCCUUGUGCCGUGUGUGAGAGAGUCCCCAGGACACCUACCUAUGAAUGAAAUUGCUGGAUUGAAAGGAAUUUCUUCACAUGGCUUCCGAAGAUGUGACCAUUACGGUUCGCCUCAUUCGUUCAUUUGAGCAUCGCAAUUUCAGACCUGUAGUAUAUUAUGGAGUUCAUUUGGACCAAACUGUAAAGGAAUUUAUAGUAUUUCUAAAGCAAGAUAUCCCUUUGAGGACCAGCCUGCCACCACCAUUCAGAAACUAUAAAUAUGAUAAACUAAAGAUUGUGCAUCAACCACAUAAAUCAAAGACAAAUGAACUUGUGUUGAGUUUGGAAGAUGACGACAGACUCCUGUUAAAAGAAGACAGUACCCUGAAAGCAGCUGGAAUCGCCAAUGAAACUGAAAUUGCAUUCUUCUGUGAAGACGACUAUAAGAACUACAAAGCUAAUCCCCUUUCAUCCUGGUGAAAACUUCACAGGACUUCCUUUUGCAUACUUGUAUUAAGCUCUUUAUUCCACUAGUGAGUUUUUUAAAUUGACAAAUAAACUUAAAAAAAUGAAUCCCAA